CCCAUCCCGAGCACUAUGUCUCUGUGCCACGGGAUCGGUUACAGGAGCAUGUGGAUCCCAAACAUGCUCGGCCAUGAUUCACUGAGGGAGGUCCAGCAGCAGUCUGCAGCCUGGCUGCCACUCAUCUCCAAGCACUGCCACCGGGACACCAAGAAGUUUCUAUGCUCGCUCUUCGCUCCGGUGUGUCUGCCGGAGGUCAGCGGGCCGGUCAGCCCCUGCAGGAACCUGUGUGAGGCCGUACGAGAUGGCUGCGUGCCGGUGAUGAGCGCGUUCGGCUUCCCCUGGCCUUACAUGUUUAACUGCACCCGGUUCCCACACGAAACCGAACUCUGCAUCCCCGUAUCCGAGGAGCAGUAUGGACGGGAAACAGAGGAGGCGAAGCACGAGGAGGUGCCCAAAGGGAGUGUUAUUUGUGAAGCCUGCAGUCUGGCUGCAGAAGGAGAGAUUGACAUCCAGGAAAACUUCUGCCACAGUCCAUAUGCAUUUAAGAUGCGUCUGGGCAGCAUGAUGACAGUGGGGGAUGACCUUCAGCUGGUGCCUACAGCCCGCAGUCGCAUCCUGAGGUGGGCGGGGGGAGGGGCUGAGAAAGCAGAAGGAGUCGGAGGCGCCAUGGCCCACAGCGCUUUGUGGCUCCAAGAAGGGGGCAUGUGUACCUGUCCUGGUUUAGAAUCUGCAGAGGGUGACGAGAAUGAGGAGAAAAGUCAAGAGGAGGUGCAGAUGGAUAAGAAACUGACAAAAAGAGGAAAAAAGGUGGGGAAAGGUGGAUGGUACCUUUCCCUUGCUCAGGCUGAUGAGGGAAGACUGGUGCUGACUCGACUGGUGAGGUGGAGCAGAGGGGACAAAGAGCUGAAGAAGUUCAUCCGAGCUCUCCUCAAGCAGCCGUGUGCAGAGCUUUAAACAGCGAGUCAUCCACAUCUAUAUUCCUGCAGAUGAUGCUUUCAUUGUGCUGCGUGAAUACCAGCGCUUCGCAGUAAUGUACACAAAGUCCAGCAAAGGAGCCAGCUGAUAACCGGUGAACAGCUGAUAGUUCAGACAGUUUCACAUAGCUACGAUCAAAAAUUAGUAAAUUUUUUUUAUUAAACCACAGCAUCA